CUCCCCCCUCCACUUUUCUCUCUGGUCCGAACAACUUCUCUCUCACACAUCGUACCAUACAUUUUUUUGACUUUGAUCUCUUCUCUAGUCAUCCGCGACGCAACGCAGUUCCACCACUGUAUCUCAGCUUCUACCCCGCUUAGCUUUGUGUAAAGUCAUCGUAAAAUACAGUAGGAGUCCGUCAGUUUCCGCGAAGUGUCUUCUGUUGUCGUCUGUUGAUCUAAAGCACCCGCGGAUCAGCUGCUAGAUACGGCUUCGGCUGCUCUGCUUGCGGACACACCUACCUGUUGACGCGCGUUACAGCAUAUCAAAAUGGCUGAUCCGAACGUUAUUCAUGGGCGAGCUCUGGAUCCGAUUCCCAACAUUUCUCUUGGAGAAUUCUUGCUCAGUAAACUGCAGUCAAAAGGAAAUUCUGUUGCUCAGGUGGACAUUGUAACUGGAGAAACGUUGACAUAUCCACAAAUUUUGGCCAAAAGUAUUAACAUUGCUGAAUACAUGCGAGAACUGGGAAUACGAUCAGGCGAUAUUGUUUGUAUUUCUAGUGAGAACAAUCUCGAUUAUUGCCUUCCAGUACUUGCAACUCUGUACAUUGGUGCAACAUGUGCUCCUCUAAAUCCAGCUUACACUGAAGGAGAGUUGGUUCAUGCAAUGAGUAUUUCCAAGCCCCGCAUUGUUUUUGCCAGUGCUCUCACCAUCAGUAGAGUGGUUGGUGCUGUAGAAAAGAUUGAUAGUGUGCGGGACAUUGUACUAAUUGGACGUCAAACACCUGGCCCCCUUCCAUGUACUGUGAGGCUAUUAUCCGACUUCAUCUCACAACGCAUGGCCAAUAACCAACUUUUUAUACCAGCUCGUGUAAAUCCAGAGAGAGACCCCUGUCUUAUUCUUUGCUCUAGUGGUACUACAGGAUUACCAAAAGGUGUAGAACUUACCAGCAGAAAUUUUCUUCAGUUCGUGUUUGUGACUAAUUCCGGAGGCUUGCCUGAUACUGAAUGUAUUCUUGGUCUGAUGCCAUUUUAUCAUGGAUAUGGAUUUGGUCUUUUGACAGUAGCAAUUAUGCGGGGCGGGACUGUCAUUGUCUUCCCACGUUUUGAAGAAGAACUUUUCUUGCGGGCAGUUCAAGACUACAAGAUUUCAACAUUGUUUGUUGUGCCACCUCUCAUGGUGUUUCUUGGGAAACACCCAAUUGUGGACAAGUACAACUUAAGCUCUGUGAAAACAAUUAUAUGUGGCGCUGCCCCAUUGGAUAAAGACACCCAACUUGCAGUUUCUCAACGAUUGGGUGUGAAAGAUAUUCGUCAGGGAUAUGGUAUGACGGAAACAAGUAUUUUAGCAACAUCUUACACUGAUGGUGUACCAGUGAAGAUGGGUUCAUCAGGAAGAGUUGUCACAGGAAUGUCAGCCAAGAUUGUUGAUGUUGAGACAGGAAAUUCACUCCCCCGAAAUAAGGAAGGAGAAAUAUGUUUCAAAGGCAAUAUGGUAAUGAAGGGUUAUCGUAACAACAUUGAGGCCACAAAAUCAACCAUAGACCAGGAUGGUUGGCUACACACUGGUGACAUUGGGUACUUUGAUGAUGAUGGCGAUUUGUUUGUUGUUGAUAGAAUCAAAGAGUUGAUAAAAUACAAGGGGUUCCAGGUUGCCCCUGCUGAGUUGGAAGCCAUUUUGUACACUAACAAGGCAGUUCGAGAUGCGUGUGUUGUUGGGAAACCGGACACAAUGAGUGGUGAGGUACCUGUGGCCUUUGUUGUGCUGCAAGCCAAUGCCAAAGCUAGUGAAAAGGAAAUUGUGGACUAUGUAAAUGAACGUGUCUCUGCUCAAAAGAAGCUUAGAGGAGGAGUUCGCUUUGUUUCAGAGAUUCCACGCAACCCGAGUGGAAAACUAUUAAGGCGUAUUUUACGAUCAAAGCUUUAGAAAUCCAGACUAUUUUUAACCAUGUCAUGCAUGAUGGUGUACCUGAAUUUUUAUUUUACAACCUUUAAACCUUUGUUCAUAUCUUAGGAUAUUGCAGCUUCAUUACUGCAAUCAAGUUAUCAUCUAUUUUACUAUAUAUGCUUUUGUAUUGGGAUUUUUCUUUACCAUAAUAAAAAUAAUUUUGUGUCUGUUACACUUUA